AAAUUAGGGUCUGUUAUCGUGAGCUUCAUCGGUCAAAUGCGUAUUCCAUUUGUCUCUAUGGUCUCUUUUUUUCUUUCCGGCCGUCCAGACUUUUUUUUUCUUCAUACCUACCCAGCUAUCCGAAGAGGGACCUCAUCAAACGAAUACUAAACAUCCUAACAUUCUACGGACAAUACUUCCCUGUUCACCCCCCGGCCAAUAAAUUCAGAUUUUGGUUCGAAUAACAGUCAAUUCGGCAUCCAUCAGUUAUAAACGCCGUCCAAUCGCAAACAUGAUCAACACACGCGCCGCCGCUGUGGUGCUCUCCGCCCUCACCCUCGUCUCUGCCCAAGCAAAUUCCAACUCAACCUUUAAGAUCGAUCCCACUGAAGUUGACAUCUCCGAUCGCGUCAAUUGGUGUCAAGGGCAGCAAGACAGUUGCGGCACGCUUUGCGGAUCAGUAGUACAGAACGCAUGUUCGGUGGAUACUCUGGAUUUCCAGUGCGUUUGCCAGGGCGGCAAUGAGCCGGAUAUGAACGACUUCAUGAACACGGUGCCUUGGUUCGUUUGCGAAAGACUUCAGAGUGACUGCAUCACACAAACCGAGAACAACGCUGCCGGCCAAAAGAACUGUACAUCGACGUUUGGUGACAAAUGUGGCACAGAAGACGUGGACAAGCACCAGGGAGAGGGUAGCGUGAGCACAACUAGCAGUUCAAGUGCAGCUCCUAGUGGAACCGCUACUGCCGCCAGCUCUGCCGCUCCGAGUUCAUCUUCCUCCGAGGCUGCCGCCGUCCCAACCAAUAUUCAAUAUCUUGGAAAUGGUGCCGCCGCUGUGGCUCUCGGCAUGUUCGCCUACAUGCUCUAGGAACGAAUAUAGGCGCAAGUUUCAAGGUUGCCAAAUUCGACAGCAUGCAUAGUUAUUGAUAUGGAAUAAUUAUUUUGGUGGCCGCCGUUCCUUUCCCGUACAUUUUGAUUUAGCAGCACUCCCCCCUAUACCCAAGUCAUGUUGCACGUGACAACCCUAAUUCACGAGGAGACGAUUCGAGUAUUGAUGAGCAAGCAUACGUCGAUGGAAAUUAAUGUUUGAGGAAGCUGUUGAGAGUAUAGUACUGGCAUUAGCCACGCCGCGACUCUGGUUAGUAAGGCUAAUAAAAACUUUGAGCUGGUAGCUAUAGCAGAGACAGAACAAUAAAAUCCAUCAAAUGGUGCCAUUGGCUCUUUGACAAACCGACCGGCCCGAGUAUGAAAUUUGAUAUUUGUCUAAUGGAUUGUUUCACC